AUGGGAGCCGAGCAGAGCGCGGACACGGAUCACAAACAUCUGGAGCAUGGGUCCGCGGCUCCGUCUCCUGCAAAACAUCGCGCUAAGAUGGACGACAUUGUGGUGGUAGCGCCUGGGACCCAGAGUCUGCGCAACAUCCAGAGUGACCCAGACGUGAUCAAGCUGACGGAGAUCCCCACGUUCCAGCCGCUCCUCAAAGGGGUCCUCAGUGGUCAGACCUCUCCCUCCUCAGUCUCUCUCCAGCGGCUCGACCAGCUGCAGGUUCUCCAGUUGUGUGUGAGGUACCAGCAACACCUGCACCAGUGCGCUGAGGCCGUGUCCUUCGACCAGAACGCCCUAGUCAAACGCAUCAAGGAGAUGGACCUCUCUGUAGAAGCCCUCUUCAGCCUGAUGCAGGAGCGGCAGAAACGGUUUGCGAAGUAUGCGGAGCAGAUCCAAAAGGUGAACGAGAUGUCCAUGAUCCUGAGGCGAGUCCAGAUGGGACUGGACCAAACGCUGCCCCUGCUGGACAGGCUUAACAACAUGUUACCAGAGACUGAGAGACUGGAACCCUUCAGCCUGAGGUCCGAGCCCGAGCCAGGACCAGCUGGACACCAGGGAGACGAGCCGGGGCCCAGCCACACCACACCACAGAAAAUGACGUUCUGA